AAAAUGGGCGAAAUGUGGAACAAACCGUAUAUGGCAAUAAUAAUGUUGUGUAUGAUGGCCAGCAGUGGAUUUGCUAUACCCACAGAGUUGACCAGAUAUACACAGUUGGGACAAGGACCACCUACGGAGGCUAACAACACCGCCGCUAGUAACCUGGUUUUGAAAACGGAGACUUCUUCGGCAGCUCCAGACUUUGAGUACGCUUUGCUGGGUGAGGAUCCGAAGGAUCAGCAAUGGUUUCGAGUGAGUCUUACACCGAAAACUAACAAAACGGGCUAUCGGGCACAGUUCGCCACUCGCAAACAUCCACCAUUCGAUGCACAAGUUGCCCAUCGACAUGAUAAGACCAUUCAGGAUCUACUCAACUGGCUGGACCGUUCCGAGGAUCAAAGUCUGUGGAAAGUCUACCGUGACCUUUUGGAAUACACUCCGCAGGCGCAAUCAUCGCAAGAGUUUCCUAAUAGUAAUGAGAUCGAAAAGGAGGAAAGGUUCCCAAGAAAGCACGGAUGCCAAAAGCACAAUAAUCGUCUGUUCCUUGUAGGAGAGGAAACUACCAGCACUACUCCAACACCAUCACCAAGUAAUAGUCAGUCUUCCAAUAACUUGGUUUACUUUAUAAAGGGGCUUAAGUAA